GUCGCCUUGCCAUGGUGCUUCUGGCUGCUAUUGUGUGAACUCCCGACGGGUGAGAUACACCAGGAGAGGAACUCAGUAGAGACACAUUCAGCGCCGCUCCCUCUUUCGCGCCGGGGUCAAGCUACCAGCACAUAAUGUAUCGCCCGAAAACGGUACUCUCCGCCGCCCGGCACCACCUGAACCUUCGCCCAACAACAAAAUGCAAAACCUGCGAACGCACCUUCCGCCUCGCCUCCGUGCACCACGACUCCUGGAAGACCAAAUUCAAAGACCUCGUAACCGACAAAGAUUGGACCACGGAGCGCCGCGAAGAAAGUGCGCCCAGAAGAGUGCCCGCGCGCAAUGACUUUGAUAAGGAGCACUUCCCCGUGCGGUCUUCCCGCAUGCGGAACGACGACGGGCGGUAUAUGGAGGACCGGGACGCCGAGUAUGAGGGACGGAGAGGGCCGUCUAACCGGAAACCCGUUGAUGAAGAAGACUUCUUUGAAACGCGACGGGGCGGAGUUAGUAAUGGCAACGACGGUAGAAGUGGGGUAGGGAGGGGUGGGGCAUACCCACGGACGACAGCCGGUGUUAGAAGUGAGGGAUAUCCACGGACAACAGCCGGUGUGAGGAGUGAGGGAUAUCCACGGACAGCAGCUCGAGACGAGAGGGAUGCCCCGGGCGAUCUCAAGGCAUACCCGCGAACAACAGAUCGUGAUGAAAGGAUAGCCCCGCGCGAUGGCAGGAGUGAGGCAUACCCGCGGAAUACAGAUGGAGACGAGAGGGAAAGCCCGCGCGGUGUCAGUAGUGGGGCAUACCCACGAACAACCGAUCGUGACGACACCGACCCGCGCGAUGUCAUGGGUCGGCUUUUUCCACGAAAACCAGAGCGAGACGACUUUACCGACGGCCCGGGCGAUUUCAGACCUCCACGAACAACAGCUCCGGAGGAACAGGAAGCCCCACGAGACAAUCGACCGCCCAAAGCGGCAUCGCCAGCGGAACGGCAGGCUUGGUACAGCGACCCCUACCAUCUGAGCGCCCGCCUUGCGCGGCUUGUGGGUACCGGGUGCGAGGAGGAAGCAUUGGAGCUGCUGAUGCGGCAUCAGGGGGCUAGCACGCCGGAAGUGUUUGGGAACCUGAUUGCGGCGUUUGGGAGUAAGCGGAAUUGGAAGGCGGCGUUGCAUGUUUUCCGAUUGAUGGAGAAGCGGAAUUUGAAACCUACGGAUCGAACGUAUACAUCGCUGUUCAGCAUCCUCGCAGACGCGGCGGCCGCGAACGGAGAUCCUGCCAACCGCAAGAAUCGUCUCGAAAGCGCAAUCAAACUCUACGAAACCCUUCCCAAACUGUCCACCAUCCAGUUGAACGCCCUCCUGAAAGUGUGUCUGUACUGCAUCAACGAAGGCGGGUGGGACCUCGCCUGGGAAUUGUACCACAAAACGUACCCUCAGGCGGUAGAAGCCGCACAAGGCUCAGAACCCACGGACCCCACACCGUCGCAAUUGGCGACCACGGACGCCACCACCUUCGACAUCGUCACCUUCACCUACAUGCUCCGCCUCUGCGCCGAACGCGGCGGAUCCCUCGGCUUCACCCACGCCCUCCAAAUCUGGGCCACCAUCCAAACCGAAUGCACCAAAAACAUCAAACCCCGCCCCGCCCGCGCCAAAAAACCCAUCACAGACACCAAAGCCUUCAUCCGCAACGCCCCCGAAUACGUCGACGCAACCCUCUUCACCGCCCUCCUCACCUGCUUCAUCCGCGCGCCGACGAAAGAAGACACACUCACCGCCCUCCCGAUCAUCCACACCUGGCUCGGGCUCACCCCCAACGAGCUCGCGCCGAACAGGAUGACCACGCCGCGCGUCGACUGGACCGUGCAGCUCCUCGACCGCGUCCUGCACAUCGCGGCGCGGAUCAACGAGCCGGGGCUGGCGGUGUUCUGGUACAAACAGUUCAUCCGCAAAGGCGACAUCAUCCCCGACGCGUACAUCUACAACACGGUGGUCGGGACGCUCAUGACCGACCGCAACCCGGAGGCCGCGUGGCGGUUCCUCGACCACGACUGCGACGGCAACCGCGUGCGCGCGCAGGCGAGGGUCGUAGCGUAUGCGCUGGACACGUCCGCCGGGAAGGACAAGGUGUGGCGGGACCGCGCGCGGGACGUCGUGAGGGAGUGGACCGCGAACGGACCGCCGCCCGCCGCUCACCCCGCCGAUCUACCGUUCUUGGCCAACCUCGCGCAGCUGCUGGUGGAGGUGAGGGAGUUUGGCGCCGCGUGCGCGUUGUUGGAGCCCCAUCGCGUGCGCUUGGUCAGUCAGGCGAGGGCCGCGAUCGUUAGCUGUUUGGAGGACCCGCUGAAGUCCGCCGGCGCCGAUGGCCUCAGCCCCGUGGAACCCCUGCAAGCCCGGCUUCGGUGCCUGGCGGCUUUACGCACAUCGCUGCUGAAACUUACGGCGAAAAGGGAGGGGCACGCGGACAGGUUUCGUGAGCGGGAUGAGCAGAAGGUGUUGGAGAUGGAGUUGGCGUUGAGGGAGGUUGAGGAGGUUUUGAGGAGCGCGAGAGGUGCGUUGGGUGCGAGCAAGCGGGGGAGGGUGGAGGCGGGCGGGAAGUCGGCGCGGGGUGCGAAACCGCCGAAGCGGAAUGCAAAGCCAAAGCCAGAGCGAACUGCGAACCCGGAGGGGCGGGUCAAGCGGGCACGAUCUGCGAAAGCGGGGAGGUCGAAACCCGCGCCGAGUGUCGGGCCGGAGGAGCAACCUGCGAAACAGGAGCGGAGCGUCGAAGCGGCGGAGCAGACCGAGACGAAACCCGCGUCCACGACAUCGGCAAACAGGAAGAAGACCCCCGCGUCCAAAACGCCACCAUCCGACGCCGGAUCCCAGUCCGCAGACGCACGGCAGACGAAGAAGAAAUCACCCACGAGCCACGCCCCAUCCGCCACCCCGGCUCCCACCCGCAAAAAAGCGACACCGGACACCAAGAAGAACCCCUGGGACCGCCGAAAAGCACGCAAAAGCAAACCGGGUGCGGAGGUGCGCGAUGCGGAGGAUGGACAGCCGGAAACGCCCCCGCAGAACACAUUCAAAACGGUGGAAAAAACGUCACACUCGCCCACGCAACCGCGGAGCACGAAACCCGAGUCGCUGUGAAACAAUCAGCCGGCCCCCCCCCCCCCCCGGGUAGUGGGGACAUGAUGUAGUUGAGUGGUUGAGGAUGUUAUGCGGCGUAGAGAUGUGAGCCAUUGCGGUGUAAUCGUUUUAUGAAAACAUAUGGGUACGACGAAUAUAUGGUUGCUGGACACAAAACAGAUUGUCGCAAGUCUGGGAAUGUCCAUCGCGCGGGGGUUAUACGGACUAUGUACAGU